CCUCUCCUCUCCUCUCCUCUCCUCUUCCUCUCAUCACACCCUCAUAUACGAUACUUUCUAAAACCAGAACCCAGAAAGAACCAAACAAGAAGAGAGAGAGAGAAAGAGAAAUGAAACAACUCAAAUUCCUCGUCAUCGGCGCCGGCUCCAGAGGAAACGCCUACGCGCGCGCCGUCACAACCUCCACCCCAGCAUGCAUCUCCGCCGUGGCAGAGCCAGACCCUUACAAACGUCGGGUCUUCGGGGAAACCUAUAUCUGGGGUAGUCCAGAUCCAAAGCCAAAACCAGGCCAGGAGUUCUCAGACUGGAGGGAGUGGGUUUCCUACGAGAGCCGUCGACGCUCAGCCCAAGCCAACCCGGAAAAUCAAGGGGAAGCAGCAGAAGAAGGCGUCGUUGACGGGGUCUUCAUCUGCACCCUGGACGAAACCCAUAUCGAGAUCCUGGAAGCCCUGACCCCGUUCCAGGAUCUGCAUAUCCUAUGCGAAAAGCCUCUGGCGCUCUCCCUGCGCGACUGUUUGUCCGUUUACGCGGCGAGGAAGGACGCCCCCGCUGUGUUUUCCAUCGGGCAUGUCCUGCGGUAUAGUCCGCAUAACCUUGUCCUCUGGGACCUGCUGCAUCGGGGAAAGGCCAUCGGGGAUAUCGUUUCGCUCGAACAUACCGAGCCUGUCGGGUACUGGCAUUUCGCGCACAGUUAUGUGCGCGGGAACUGGAGACGGGCUACGACGCCCGCGGGCGACGACGGAUCCUUACUGACGAAAUCAUGCCACGAUUUGGAUUUUAUUCUGUGGAUUCUUGCGCCGUCCCUUACUCCUCCUUCUUCUACUUCUACUUCUACUUCUACUUCUACUUCUACUGCGGGUACGACUACUACAACUACCACCUCUCGAUCGAAAUCAACUCAACCCCAACUAAGAACAAUCUCCUCCACCGGCCACCUCACUCAGUUCCGCCGCGCCCGGAAACCCCCCGCGGCCGGCCCCGCAACAAACUGUCUCUCGUGCCCGAUUGAGCGAGAAUGCCUCUACAGCGCCGUGCGCAUAUACCGAGACCACCACCUCGCCCGCGGCAUCCGCGGCUGGCCCGUGAAUAUCGUGUGUCCCGACAUCGAAGAGUACGCGGGGAACCACCCGCCGCACGAGAGCGAAGCGCACCUCCUGGCCCGGCUACGUGAAGACUACGACGAGGCCGAGGACGCGACGACCCGCGCGGCGGAAAUCGCCACGAGACCAUGGUAUGGCCGGUGUGUAUGGGAGAGCGACAAUAACGUUUGCGACGAUCAGCUGGUGACGUUGUCUUGGGAUGGUGGGCCCUCUGUGACUCCUGGUGCGGGGGCUGGUGCGGGGGCCGGUGUAACGGCUCUCUUCCAUAUGAUUGCGCCCACGGAGAAACAGUGCGAACGGCGCGGAAGAGUCUACGGCACCCGUGGCGAGAUCGAGUACGAUUCGCGCACGAUCUCAAUCUUCUCGUUUGACACGCGCGAAACCAGGGUGGUGGAGAUCCCGAAACAGCCUCCCGAAGAGCAGGAGUCGCAUGGUGGUGGGGAUUACGGGCUUACGCGGGGGUUUGUCGCUGCCGUGGACAAGGUGGUGAAUGCGGGCUGGGACGUGGAGAAGGCACAGCAGGAGUUUGUGGGCUGUUCAUUGGAGGAUGUGGUGAGGAGCCAUGCCGUGGUAUUUGCAGCCGAGGAAGCCAGGAGAGAGGAGAAAGUGGUAAAAUGGAGGGAGUGGUGGGAGGCCAAGUUAAAGGAGGCUGGCAUUGUCUAAUUUGUUCUACCCUAGUAUUACUCUCUCUCCCCCCUCUAUAUAUACCCUAGUUAAAAUAGGGAAAUGUAAUGUGAUCAACUGCAUU